ACUGUACCUCUAUGAAUCCCUGUCGUGCUUGUCUUCAUCCCAGACGAAAUAAUAUAGCGAUAGUGUCAAUUUGGUCGUAUAGAGGAAUCAAUCAAAAAAGAAUAGCUGUUAGUAGUGAUCACUCAUAGCUUGAAGUAUGGUAAUGUUAACAUUGGAUUGGUUUCUUUAUUAAGGCUACAUUGUCCGUUGAGGGGGUUAGGCUACAUCGUGGAGUUAAAAGGCGUACCAGUUGUGUCUGUCCUGGUUCUGUCAGAUGAACAAAUCGUAAGAAGUCGACACCACUCACGAAUUUUUCCAGCUGACAACAUAGUAUUAGUGAAGCCCCCCCGUCAUGGCAUCUCCAUCUUUUCUCCUCCUCUUCCCCUCCCUGGGUUGGCUGUCUGCUGUGACAUCAUCAGAUCCCUUUGUCCAUGCUCCUCAUUUCACUGGGUGUAAAUCCAGGGAGCUUGUGACGUUUAGCUGUUGGUGGAGCGCCGGAAGCUUCCAGAAUCUCACGGAACCCGGAGCACUGCAAAUGUUCUACUGGAAGAAAACUGAUUUGAUGAAAGAAUGGAGGGAGUGCCCUGACUACUCCUCCUCUGUGAAGAAUGAAUGUUUCUUCAAUAAGAACAACACAGUUAUCUGGACGACCUACUGUGUGCGGCUCAGCUCCAAAAGCCAGAACAUCACCUACGAUGAAUUGUGUUUCGAAUUGCAGGACAUCGUGCACCCUGAUCCCCCGGUGGCCCUGAACUGGACGCUGUUGAACGUCAGCCGGUCGGGCCUGAACUAUGACAUCAUGGCGAGCUGGGAACCCCCGCCCUCGGCUGACGUAUCCGUUGGAUGGUUGACACUGGUGUACGAACUCCAGUUCAGGAGGAGGAACAGCUCACACUGGAAAGUGUUGGAGCAUGAGUUUGGCACUCAGAAGUCAAUCUACGGCCUUAGUACAGGAGAGGAGUAUGAGGUGCGCGUGCACUGCUCAAUGAGGGCCUUCAAUAACUUUGGGGAGUUCAGUGAUGCCAUCUUUGUCCAUGUGUCAGAGAUUCCCAGUAAAGAGUCCACGUUCACUGUGACUCUGGUCCUGAUCUUCGGGGCUGUGGGAGUGGCCAUUUUCCUCAUGCUCAUCAUCUUCUCUCAGCAGCAGAGACUUAUGGUGAUUCUUCUGCCUCCUGUUCCUGCACCCAAAAUCAAAGGGAUUGACACAGAACUGCUUAAGAAGCGAAAGCUGAAUGAGCUGAACUUCCUCCUGAGUGUUGGUGGCAUGGGGGGUCUCCACCCCUACCCCCCUGACCUGUACCAGGACGAGCCCUGGAUGGAGUUCACCGAGCUGGACGCAGACGAGCCUGAGCCUGGGGAGAAGGAGGACAACCAGAGCUCGGACACACAGAGACUGCUGAGCCUGGGUCACAACAACCACUGCACAAACCAUGACUGCUCUCACACCCUCAGCAUCCCUGAUAAUGACUAUGAUCCAGAGCUGCCUGACCAGGAGACCCUAAUGUUGAUGGCUGCCCUCCUGUCCAGCCAACCUGAAAAAGUUGAACCCUGCCUGGGGAACCAGCGGAGCCACUCCAACCCCCCGGCUCUAAAGGUGCUGGAUGUCCCAUGCCCAAGGCUCCAAGCUCCAGAAGGAGGGGAGAGGCCCCUGGUCCAGACCCAGCUGGGAGGCCCUCAUAGCUGGGUCAACAUAAACUUCUAUGCCCAGGUCAGCGAUGUAAUGCCCGCUGGAGGGGUGGUGCUCUCACCAGGCCAGCAGGUCAGAGCCCCGGAGAAUGCUAUAACAACAGAGGAGGAUAAGAAGAAGAUUGGGAAGAUGGAAGGAGGAGAGGAGGAGAGUGAAGGGGAGGAGGAGGAGGAGGAGGAGAGAAUAAAUAAGAAAUUGCCGUCUCAGCUGCUGGUGGUGGAUCCUGAGGGUGGGGGCUACACGACAGAGAGUAGUGGCCGGCAAAUCAGUACCCCUGACCCCUCCUCACCUGGGGAGGUUUACCACACCUUCCCCCCACCUCCCCCAUAUCUCCUGCAUACCAGCCCCCUAGGGGACUACCAGUCCCUGUACAUCCUUCCCAACUCCCCUGCUCAGUUCCUGCCCCCUGUUUUGGACUACACUGUGGUUCAAGAUGUUGACUCCCAGCAUAGCCUUCUCCUCAACCCUCCUUCCCCCCAGGGGUCCCCCUCCUGCCCCCCACAACCACCCUCCAAGCCCCUGCCCACAAUGCCCAUAGGGUACCUCACCCCGGACCUGUUAGGCAACCUCUUGCCUUAAAGAAAAAAACACCACCCAGGAGGCCUUGGAGCAUAGAGGUCAGAGUUCGCAGGCAAGGAAGUCAGUAAUCAUCCCAGAAAGACAGUCUUGUUCUACCUGAAACCAAAUAUGUUAUGGGACAGACAGGCACGAUGUUUGUUUGAGAGGGUGAUGGAAGGGAAGCUGGGAAAGAGAAACGUUUCGAUGUUGUGUUUGGGUUUUAUAUAAGUGAUACUGGAACUUGAGGAAAGAGUACAUUGGCCUUUCUGGUUUGACAGAGCUUAAAGGAAGACUUGUGUUGAACAAAUCUUACACUGCUCUGUCUGACUAAGACCGAGACACCCAAAAACCCACAGUCUGAAACCUUUAAAUGCACAGAUUUCUAAUAUAACGUUACACACAGAUAAACUUAUGCACCACAAAUACGCAGACAGACAAGCUCAGACAUGAUUCUAGUUGUAUGUUAUCUGAUACCUUUAAGUAUCUAUCAUUUGACUGAUUAAGUGCUAUGUAAACAUUUUUCCUUGCAGACACACCCAGUCCCACCUUAAUGUUUCCUACUAUGAUCUAUUAUAGAAAUGUCAGAGAGAAGUGUGUAAAGAAACAAGCUCACAUAUGUCAUAUAACAUAUAGAUAUUUAAAUCUGUAGCAUAUUGGCUUAAGUCUUAACUAUACUGUAGAUGGAUCAAGUAACAGAAUGUAAUGGAGAAUAACAAGCACAUUUAUACAAUCACACACACGCGCACACAUUUACAUCAUCGUUAUCGCCUCAUUAAUUGACAGAACACUUAAGUGUGCUGUUUUGUCAAACUUACCGCUACAAUGAGCGCAAAGUGACUAUUGGUGACUAUUGUCGUUCAUUUAGCACUCGUUAUUUUGCUUAGUAGCACAUUUUCAUGCUUAUAUUUAGCUUUGAAUUCUUGCAGCAGAAUCAUCGAAUCGUUACCAGACUGAGGUCACAGUAUUGAACACAGCCAUUAGACAACCUGUCUGUACUCAAUGUGAAAACUCACUCUGAUUACCAUAAUAAAUAGAGAACAAGGCAGCUCAUAACAGCGAACAUGUUUCACUUGUGUAAUGAGACAUUAACAAGCACAGACUGGAGUCUCACAAUACAGGAAAGACUGCUUUUGUAUGAUCUACUUUGCCUUCAUUUUAAUUGCAGGGACAAUAACUGAAAAUGUUUAAAGAGGUACUUAGGAUAUGUCUUUCUCUCUGUGUUUCUACUGUUCUCAAUGCAGUUGCAAUGCCAAUGUUAAUGUGCUGUCGCUUGAGCUUUAUGAUAGUGGAAUGAGCCUCUUUUGAUGUAGUGAAACGUACUUAGACACUCAGGGUUUACUAUAUGCACCCAACUUUGCAAACAUGCCCAAGCAAGCACACACACACACACACACACACACACACCAUUUCAAAACGUGGAAAAGACCAUAUCCACUUUUCUUUUGAGCUGACAUACACACACGCACACACAUUGUUGUAAAAAAAAAAAACUGGUGGUGAAUUGGAAAUGUACUAGUUUGUGUAUCUGAUCUGCAUUAGUAAUUGACAAGACGCUCAGUAGACACAGCAGAUUAUACAUGUAUCAUCAGAAGAAAGAUCAUCUUCAUCCCGAAGAGAAACCAUCAGAUCCAGUGGUUGGGUGAGCAGCUGGAGUAUGUGUUUGGUGUUGGACAUUGUACAGUGUAGUCAUACUUGUUCAUAGGCAAUGGAGCGCUUUAAAGGUUCAUGUGAACCUUUCAGGGCCAUCAUUAUUGGAGAGUCUUGUCUCUGUGUAUGCCUGUGGCAUUCUGUCAGAUCCAUUCAGCGUAUACACUCUUAGGGGAAAAAAGGGUUCUUCGGCUGUCCCCAUAGGAAAACCCUUUGGUUCCAGGUAGAACCCUUUUGGGUUCAAUGUAGAACCCUCUGUGGAAAGGGUUCUACUUGUUUUUUAAAAACUUUUAUUUAACUAGGCAAGUCAGUUAAGAACAAAUUAUUUUUUACAAUGACGGCCUACUCCAGCUAAAGCUGGACGACGCUGGGCCAAUUGUGCGCCGCCCUACGGGACUCCCAAUCCCAGCCGGAUUCAAACCAGGGACUGCAGUGACGCCUUUUGCACUGAGAUGCAAUGCCUUAGACCGCUGCGCCACCUUGGAACCGAAAGGUUUCUACCUAGAACCAAAAAUGGUUCUUCAAAGGGUUCUUCUAUGGGGACAGCAGAAGUUGUCCGAACCGUUACGAUUCGUAAAUAUGAAACAUAUAUUAUGCCGGCACGUUAAGAAUGUUCAGUUCAGAGUUCAUCAUGGACAAUAUCACUUUUCAGUUGUCUAUUCAACAAUUCAUGAAUGAUGAUAAGUGUUUUUAAACGGAUAAUAUCACAACACAACCUGUUCAAGUGUGCCAUUCUCUGGCAUGCUUAUUCUCUCUCGCUCUCUCUCUCUUAAGUGAACUGCUGCUGCCGCCAUUGCUGCCAUUGCUGAUGAGACCAGCAUGCAAACAUUGAAACAGAAAUCUACAAGUGCCGUAACAACUAUGUGUGUUGUAUUUUGUUUUGUUACUAAUCAGAAAUGUUGCUGUUAGGUACAUUUCCCCGCCUGCAUUUCAGCCUUACCGCGGGCUUAUACAUUAGGGUGCAACUUCACACAAGGUUGAGAUCGAAAUGCGUUGUCUUCAACAGACGACAUUCAAUGUUGUGUAGUAGAAUAUGAAAAAGUGUCAGCUCUAUACAUUACAUUUCUAUCUGCAGCAUUCUAAAACUUUGCAACAAACUGAAUAAGCCAGAGGUGCCUUUGUGUAUAUACAGUAUAAGGAAAGAGAUAUCCGAUUAUUUAAAUAUUUAAGUACUCAUAUAACAUUUGUGACAGGCCGGCUCAAACCAGUCUUAUUUAGCAAAAUUUGAAAUUGUCUUAGCUAACAUUCAGCUAUAACUAGCCAAGAAAAUGGCUCUGAGAUACGAAAUAUUAAGAUCAUCCACAUAAUGUUAGCUAGCGAGCCAGCCAGCUAACGUUAGCUAGCUAACAGCACACUUUAACUUGAAAUAAAACCCCUUUCUGUCAAAAUAGAAAUGUGUAAUAUCUGAAAAUGUAGCUAGCUAGACUAUCUUAAAAUGUAGCUAGCUAGACCGUAUACAUCAUGAUUCAUGGAUGGACCCAUCUCCUGUCGGAUGCCAUGGUUGCCCUUAGUUUGAAGAUGUAAUCCGGAGACAGGUGGUUUCUCCAGCUCCUUAGCUAUCAUACUCGAAUUCCACUAAUUUCAAAACUCGGUCCUCCAGAAAGUGGAGAGCAACAGUUAUGCAGUUUUACUACUCAAUACAUUAAAACAAAAGCCGUGUUAGACAGGAUUACCUAGACAUACUGACCAGCUCAAAUAGACAGAAGUGUGCUAUAUGGCAGACCAAUCCAAACUCAUCUUUCGGCAUGUCCACUCAUUAUCUCAGCCAAUCAUGGCUAGCGAGAAGGUUGCUCACAUUUUCUGUGGCUAAACCAACUAGGCUCGUAAUUUAACAAUGUAUUUGUAUUUACAGAUGGCAUACAAGUUUAAGAGCAAAAAAUAUUUUUGAUUAAAAAAACAGCUCUCCUAUGAAGUAGUGACCUGUGACAUAUGCCUAGUUUCCUGAAACGAGUCACAUUUAUGGAUGUUUGAAAAGUUACAGAUAUAGGAAGAGAGAACGGAGAACAACUCUAUUCAAGCUUACGAGACAUCUGUUUACCAUUUGUGCAGUGGUGGAAAAAAGUACAUGAUCAUACUUGAGUAAAAGUAAAGAUACCUUAAAAGAAAAUGACUCAAGUGAAAGUCACCCACUAAAAUAUUACUUGAGUAGAAGUCUAAAGGUAUCUAGUUUAAAUGUACUUAUGUACAGUGGUGGAAAAAGUUCUCAAUUGUCAUACUUGAGUAAAAGUACAAAGUAAAAGUAAAUGCUAUACAUGAAAUUCCUUAUAUUAAUCAAACCAGAUGGCACAAUUUUCUUAUUUUUAAAAUGUAUUUACGGACAGCCAGGGGCACACUCCAACACUCACAUAAUUUACAAAUGCAGUGUUGGUGUCUAAUUAUUCUACCAGAUCAGAGGCAGUAGGGAUGACAACGUGUUAAAUUGAUAGGUGUGUAAAUUGGACCAUAUUGCUCUCCUGCUAAGCAUUCGACGUGAAACAAGUACUUUUGCAUAUCAGGGAAAAUGUGUGGGAGUAAAAAGUAAAUACACUAUAUGACCAAAGGUAGGUGGACACCUGUUAUAUAUCCAUAUUUUGUUUCUCCCUGUCCAUAUUUUUGAAUUUCAGACUAAACCAAGUAUCUGUGAAUUAUCUAUCAUGAAUGCAUAGGAGAAUCUGUUUUUACAUUGUAAACUCAGCAAAAAAAGAAACGCCUUCUCACUGUCAACUGCGUUUAUUUUCAGCUAACUUAACAUGUGUAAUAUUUGUAUGAACAUAACAAGAUUCAACAACUGAGACAUAAACUGAACAAGUUCCACAGACAUGUGACUAACAGAUUUGGAAUAAUGUGUCCCUGAACAAAGGGACACAGUUAAGUACUGCAAUGCAUCUCCUUCUCUUUGACUGCACCAUAUGUGGCAGUUCUUACUGGGAGAUAUUACCCCACUCUUCCACCAAGGCACCUGCAAGUUCCCAGACAUUUCUGGGGGGAAUGGCUCGAGCCUUCACCCUCCGAUCCAACAGGUCCCAGACGUGCGCAAUGGGAUUGAGAACCAGGCUCUUCGCUGGCCAUGGCAGAACACUGACAUUCCUGUCUUGCAGGAAAUCACACACAGGACGAGCAGUAUGGCUGGUGGCAUUGUCAUGCUGGAGGGUCAUGUCAGGAAGGCUACCACAUGAGGGAGGAGGAUGUCUUCCCUGUACUGCACAGCAUUGAGAUUGCCUGCAAUGACAACAAGCUUAGUCUGAUGAUGCUGUGACACACCGCCCCAGACCAUGACACACCCUCCACCUCCAAAUCGAUCCCGCUCCAGAGUACAGGCCUCGGUGUAACGCUCAUUCCUUGGACGAUAAAUACGAAUCCGACCAUCACCCCUGGUGAGACAAAACCACGACUCGUCAGUGAAGAGCACUUUUUGCCAGUCCUGUCUGGUCCAGCGACGGUGGGUUUGUGCCCAUAGGUGACGUUGUUGCCGGUGAUGUCUGGUGAGGACCUGCCUUACAACAGGCCUACAAGCCCUCAGUCCAGCCUUUCAGCAUAUUGUAGACAAUCUAAGCACUGAUGGGGGGAUUGUGCAUUUCUGGUGUAACUCGGGCAGUUGUUGUUGCCAUCCUGUACCUGUCCCGCAGGUGUGAUGUUUGGAUGUACCGAUCCUGUGCAGGUGUUGUUACACGUUGUCUGCCACUGCGAGAACGAUCAGCUGUCCGUCCUGUCUCCCUGUAGCGCUGUCUUCUCACAGUACGAACAUUGCAAUUUAUUGUCCUGGCCACAUCUGCAGUCUUCAUGCCUCCUUGCAGCAUGCCUAAGGCACGUUCACACAGAUGAGCAGGGACCCUGGGCAUCUUUCUUUUGGUGUUUUUCAGAGUCAGUAGAAAGGCCUCUUUAGUGUCCUAAGUUUUCCAUAACUGGGACAUUAAUUGCCUACCGUCUAAGUGUUAGUGUCUUAACAACCGUUCCACAGGUGCAUGUUCAUUAAUUGUUUAUGGUUCAUUGAACAAGCAUGGAAAACAGUGUUUAAACCCUUUACAAUGAAGAUCUGUGAAGUUAUUUGGAUUUUUACUAAUUAUCUUUAAAAGACAGGAUCCUGAAAAAGGGAUGUUUCUUUUUUUGCUGAGUUUAUAAGAAUUGGACAGGGAGAAACCUAUCAAUAAGCUUCAAUGACAUGCUUUACAAUAUUGCCUUGAUAUUCACCAGAAAGAUAAGAUAAUGUGUGUGUUGAUCAGCCUAUAAGAAACAUUCCUACAGAGUAUUUUGUAAUAUCUUGCUGUAACUAAACCCUAUAUUGUCUUUUGCUUUUCUACAAUCCCAUGUCAUUUGUGUCAAAGACAUCUUAACAUUUUCAUAUGUUGACAUUAAAAGAGAGACGAGGAAGGGGGCUAUAGUGACUUAAAUCAUUAUGCGGAUUCUGUUGCGAAACGUUUCUUAAACGGUUUCUUAAAAUGGUAGCAAACGGGGAGGGAUUUACCUCAGUUUGUCCAUUAUAAACUCUAGUUUUAGUUGCAAAAUGUUCCACUGGCUCAGGUUUUGUUUGUUUGCUUGACGUUGAUUGGCUAGUGAUGAUAUUGGCUAUACAGCAUGCUUGACAUCAUUUGACAGGAUCUGGUUCAAGGGGCUUGAUGUUCGACAGGUUUCUCAUGCUUAAGUUGGUGUGUUCUGAAUUGUUUUCCUCUUUUGUUUAAUGUUCAAUAUCUUUCAAAAAGGUACACAAUAAAUAUAUAUUACCUUUGUCAGUUA